AGCUGUUUGGCCUGAAAAAGAAGGCUCUGCUUUGCUGCGAGCCGCGCAUAGACCAUUGCAGCCAUGUCGCAGAUGUAUGUGGUGAAGCGCGACGGAACCCAGCAGGAGGUGAAGUUCGAUGCGAUCACGAAACGCAUCCGGAACUUGUGCCAGGGGCUGGACCCGAAGUACAUCGACCCCGUGCCAGUGACGCAGAAGGUGGUGGAGGGCUUCUACAACGGCAUCUCCACUGCAGAAGUGGACACCCUGGCGGCCGAGACUUGUGCUUACAUGUCGCAGAAGCACCCAGACUUCUCCACCCUGGCGGCUCGCAUCGCUGUGUCCAACCUCCACAAGAACACAUCGGAUUCCUUCAGCGAGACCUGCAGGGUCUUGUAUGAGUACAAGGACCGUCAGGGCAGAGUGGCGACGCUGCUGGCAGACGAUGUUUGGGAUUUUGUGAAGGCCAAUGCUGAGAAGCUGGACGCGGCCAUCGACUACAAGCGCGACCUCGGCUACGACUAUUUCGGCUUCAAGACCCUGGAGAAGUCGUACUUGCUGCGGGUUCACGGCAAGAUUGUGGAGCGGCCUCAGCACAUGAUCAUGCGGGCCGCGUGCGGGAUUCAUUGUGGGGAUUUGCCUGCUGCGCUGGAGACCUAUGACCUCAUGUCUAGGAAGUUCUUCACCCACGCGACCCCGACCCUUUUCAACGCUGGAACGCCAGAGCCACAGAUGUCUUCAUGCUUCCUGCUGAAGAUGAAGGAGGAUAGCAUCGAGGGCAUCUACGACACGCUGAAGCAGUGUGCCAUGAUCUCCAAGGCUGCUGGAGGCAUCGGCUUGGCCAUUUCCAACAUCCGGGCCUCAGGAUCAUACAUCCGUGGCACCAAUGGCAAGAGCAACGGCCUGUUGCCGAUGCUGCGAAAUUUCAACGAAACGGCCCGAUACGUGGACCAGGGCGGCGGCAAGCGCAAGGGCGCCUUCGCCAUGUAUCUGGAGCCGUGGCACGCCGACGUCUUCGAUUUCUUGGAGCUCCGUAAGAACCACGGCAAGGAGGAGCAGCGCGCUCGGGAUCUCUUCUUGGGACUCUGGGUGCCGGAUCUCUUCAUGCAGCGGGUCAAGGACAAUCAGGACUGGACUUUGUUCUGCCCCAACGAGGCCUUUGAUCAGGAGACCGGCAAGGGCUUGAUGGACGUCUGGGGCGAGGACUUUGAGAAGAUGUACACCAGGCUGGAAGCGGAGGGCAAGGGCCGGAAGACCAUCAAGGCGCAGACGCUCUGGUUCCGAAUCCUGGAGGCGCAGAUGGAGACUGGCACGCCUUACAUGCUGUACAAGGAUCAGGCCAACCGGAAAUCCAACCAGCAGAACCUGGGCACCAUCCAUUGCUCCAACCUGUGCACGGAAAUCAUCGAGUACACCUCGGCGGACGAGGUGGCCGUGUGCAACUUGGCCUCCAUCGCCCUUUCGGCAUUUGCCGACGCCGAGACCAGCAAAUUUGACUUCCAGUAUCUCUAUGAGGUGACGAAAGUGGUGACCAAGAAUCUCAACAAGGUGAUCGAUAGGAACUACUACCCCGUGGAGGAGGCUCGGCGUUCCAACAUGAGGCAUCGCCCGGUGGGCCUGGGCGUGCAGGGUCUGGCAGACGCCUUCCUGAUGCUGAAGCUCCCCUUCGAGAGCGAGGAGGCCAAGCGCCUGAACCAAGGCGUCUUCGAGACCAUCUACUUCGCGGCCUGCGAGGCCUCCUGCGAGCUGGCGGAGGUCCAGGGGCCCUACGAGACCUACGAGGGCAGCCCGGCCAGCCAGGGCCGGCUGCAGUUCGACCUGUGGGGCGUGGAGCCCAGCGCGCGCUGGGACUGGGCCGGCCUCAAGGCGCGCAUCGCGCGCAGCGGCCUGCGGAACUCCCUGCUGGUGGCGCCCAUGCCCACGGCCAGCACCGCCCAGAUCCUGGGGAACAACGAGUCCUUCGAGCCCUACACCCAGAACCUCUACGUGCGCCGGGUGCUCUCCGGGGAGUUUGUGCAGGUGAACCGCCACCUCCUCAAGGACCUCAUCGCGCGGGGGCUUUGGACCGACGCGCUGCGAGUGCAGCUCAUCGCCCAGAACGGCUCCGUGCAGCGCUUGGAUCUCCCCCAAGACCUCAAGGACCUCUACAAGACCGUCUGGGAGAUCAAGCAGAAGGUGGUGCUGGAUAUGGCGGCGGACCGGGGCGCCUACAUCGACCAGUCCCAGUCUUUGAAGCUUCGAGAGACGUGCAGAGUGGCAUGUUGUGGCAGCAGUUUUGCGUUUUGCAGCAUGUCAGGAGUGAGGCGUGAGGCGUGUUUCUGUGUUCGAAGUUCACGUCACCGCAUGGGACAGGUCACUGUUCCAGAGGUUCUUGCUGAGGCGUUACUGUGUUCACGGCACUGCCUGGUCACUGUUCCAGUGGUUGCGUAUAGGGGGGUCCUGAGAUUGAACUCAAGGCUUCCCUCUGCCUUUUGUGAAGAGAGCCCUUUUGAGCACCGUUUCAAGUGAGGAACAUCCACAUGGUGGACGCCACCACUGCGAAGCUUUCGUCUAUGCAUUUCCAUGGUUGGCAGCGAGGCCUCAAGACGGGCCUCUACUACCUGCGCACCAAGGCAGCGGCAGAUGCCAUCAAGUUCACGGUGGAGGUCGACAAGCUGAAGAGCUCGGAUUCCGAUGGCAGCACCAGCACCAAGGUCUCUGAGAAGACUGCGAUCGAGGCGCUGAAGGCUGAGGGUCCGAAGUACUCCUGCGUGAACUGCAGUGCUUAAGCCAUUGCAAAUCUGCAUGGCCGCGCUGGUCUUACCAUGGUAAGCAACAGCUUGGGUGGGGUUGUGAGGCAUACAGUGCUGAUUACUGUCCCGCCUCCUUCGGGUCUCACUUAGAUGAAGUUGCGACUCGACUUCAAGCAAAUUGGGGGGGCAACCA